AUGGGUCUCCUCGAAUCACUCGACUCGUCCAUCGCGGAUCUGUUCGGCCAGUGGAACGGCUACUCGACCGCCUUGGCCACCGCGCUCGUCGUGCUCGUCACCUAUCGUAUCAUGUCUGCCGCGGAGCCCGACGCCCACCCUCUGCUCCUCGCCAGGCAGUCCGUGCCGUCGGCGGUGCGCAACGAGGGCGAGAGUGCCGUGUACCGCUCGCAGUCCGCGCCGCACGGCAUGGCCCUCAAUUCGGGGCUCAAUGUCAAGGAUCCUGGCGCGCCCAAGUUUUCCCGUGGUCGGGACGGCGACUUGCGCCAUGUCUGGUUGCAGGCCGUGAGCGGGAGCGGUGAUGCCGCAGCCAGAGGACGACUGCUGACAGUGUUGGGAUCAGAGAAUGUAGUGGAACACAAGAUGGACGACAUCAAUCGACAGAUAAACAUCAUCGGGCGGUACAUUGCCGAACGGGGCUCCAUCAAAGUGGCCAUCUACCUCCCCAAUUCCCUGGAACACCUCGUCACCCUGCUUGCCUGCUCAUUUUAUCCGAACCUCACGGCAGUCCUCAUCCCCUUCGACGUCAGCGACUCGGAACUCAUCUCUAUGCUGCGGCGCUCCGCCGUCGACACUGUCGUCGCCGCCACGGGGUCGUUCCCCCUCGACGCCGUUGUCACUGCUUACCCAUCCCUCCGGCAACUCAUCUGGGUCGUCGACCAAGGCAGCCGUCACAUGGACUGGAACCAUGUUCCCGAGGGCAUGGGCUCAGCCGUCAACGUGACUACCUGGCAGGACCUCUUGAACGACAGCCCUGCCGCCGCCGGAACCGAGUUGCCUGCUCCCGACGACAAUGCCAAUGCCCCCGGUGACAUUGUCAGCUUCUGGCAAGACAAGCAGGGCGAGUUGGAAGAAAUGGUGCGCUUCACCCAGGCAAAUCUGGUUUCUGGCAUAGCUGGGCAAAUCGCGGCCAUCCCCACCAGAGAGCGCCUCACCCAGGCAGACUUGUUCCUCCCCGUCGAGUCGCUCUCCAACGUGCACACAAUGACGCUUACCCUCACGGCCUUGUACUGCAACGCCUCGGUGGCAUUCAACUCUGUUGCUGGCCCGUCGGCAGAUCUCACGCUUGCCACGCAGGGCGUGGCGCCUACCGUCAUUGUCGCCAGCCCGGCAACCCUGCUUCGAACGCAUCAAGAGUCCACCCGCCGCCUUGGUGGCGGACUCGCCAAGCUCUCGCACUCCCUGGCGACCAGCACCCUUGCGCAGCGUGGAGUACACGGCGGCGGAAACAUCCUCUCUGCCUUUGCGGCCGGCGCGCGCCCUCGCGUCGGCAAUGCGCCUGGAAAGCUGCGACUCGUGUACGUGGCGGAGCGCAUCGGCGGCGAUACACCGCUGCUUUCAUCCGGCGUGCUGUCUGAUUUGAGAGUCUACACGGGCGCCAGGGUAGUGUACGCCUUGACCGCGGCCAGAGUUGCAGGUGCCGUUGCGCAAACCGCACUCUACGACUACAGACUCACACCUGGCGUCAAGGCCCAUUUUGGUGUCCCGCCGUCCUCGGUCGAGAUUUACCUCAAGGACAUGGGCGAGCACAAGACCACGGACCAUGUCGUCGAGGGCGAGAUUGUGGCGCGCGGGCCGUGCGUGUCUGGAGGCGAAGCCCAUCUCGGAGUCGCCGCAAAGUUCAAUGACGAUAAUACCCUGUCCUACGUGUAG